GAAGGAACGAAUCAAGCAUAUACGUAGGAUGCUGACUUUCGCUGAACAAUACACCGCUCGUAACCGGAUCGGGCUGGCGUUCAUAAGUACCAAUCCUGGUAAGGUUUCUCUGAUCGAACAGCUUCACCUUCGGUCUUCAACAUUGCGUGAACCUCAUCUUGGGCCGCCAUGUCUACCCUCAAAGAACAGCUGCCAUGGACGUCGUCACCGCUGAUCGUCAACGCGCCCAUGGCGGGCUUCGCGGGUGGUAAGCUUGCGUCAGCUGUAACCAUCGCUGGUGGCCUCGGUAUGAUCGGAAGUCUACGCAGCAUGGAUGAUUUGAGAAAAGAGCUGGGUAUUGCCGCAGAAGCUUUCAAGAACAGUCCCGAACUAUCGGCAUCGCGAACCCUCCCAGUUGGUGUCGGCUUCCUCCCAUUUGUGCUCAAACUCGAAGAGGUUCUUCCGGUGUUCAAUGACUUCAAGCCCGCGGUCAUCUGGCUGUUCGUGCCGAAAGAUCUGGACGACUACGCGGAAUGGGUGCCCACGAUACGCAAAGCCUCGCCGGAAAGCAAGAUCUGGAUUCAACUCGGUAGCGUCGCGGCGGCUCUUCACGUUGCGAAGAUCGCGCAUCCAGACGUGCUGUGUCUCCAAGGCGCGGAUGCCGGUGGUCACGGCUUUGAGAAGGGCGCAAGCAUCGUCUCGCUACUACCGGAGGUGACCGACGCGCUUGUUGCGGAAGGCUUUUCACACAUACCACUCGUCGCCUCAGGUGGUAUCGUCGACGGACGUGGUGUUGCUGCAGCGCUCACUCUCGGUGCCGAGGGCGUCGUCAUGGGAACGCGUUUCCUCGCUUCUAAAGAGGUGAACGUCCAUCCGGUAUACCAAGCCGCAGUCCUAGAGGCACAAGAUGGCGGCCAGGUGACGACGCGUUCGAAGCUGUUUGAUCAGCUGCGCGGGCCUAAUAUCUGGCCGGAGCUGUAUGAUGGGCGCGGGUUGGUGGCACAGAGCCACAAGGACUUCGCGAACGGCAUGAGCCUGGAAGAGAUACAGAAGCUGCACAAUGAGGCCGCUGCAGGUGAAGACAAAGGAUACAAUACGGGCUUGCAAGGGCGCGCCGCCAUUUGGGCUGGCACUGGUGUGGGGUUAGUGAAGGAAGUGCAAGGCGCGGGCGAGAUCGUGCAGAAGGUGCGGGAAGAUGCGAAACAUGUUAUGGUCAGGGCCGCAGCGAAACUGCAGUGAGUAGCAAUAUUGUUUACAUUGCGUCACGCCAAGAAAGUGAAAGUGAGCGCGACAGCUCACGGCAGGAAGGAGCGAUUGUUGAUUACGGGAAGCCAUGACGUCACGUGUUUAGUCGCAAACUUCGGGACCUUGAAACUCCCCAGGUGCAUGGGAACGAAACAUUAGAUUUGUUUGUGUUGCAGGACGUCGGACCAGUUUUGCUUACUGGUUGUCGCGUCGGCUCGUCUCCUUGAUCAGCUGACGAUUUCGUUUUCUCUCUAUUUGAUUGCGGCGUGGCGCCUCCCUACAUGUAAUAGAUUAAAUACCCAACACCUGGCGUAUCCUGUCCAUCGAGCACCUCUGCUCAAUCCAAAACUGACAAAGCUUUCUCA